GCAGUGCUGACAGAGGCAAGAGUGCGGAUGGAUGCCUUUUUGUCACCAGACAAAACCACUGUGAUGGACAUCAACUUCAGCCAGUGACACGGCAGAGACAACCCGGACAGCCAAUCAGUAGGAGGGGCGGUCUUACAAGACGGCUCUGAUGAAAUAAAAGCUUUGCUGGCUCUCAGAGGGAAACCAUUUCGUCCCUGUGAAAACUUCAGAGAAAAGUCUCCUUUCUGGUGCCUGGAUGGUUUGUCUGAGGAAGAUGUCCGCAGCAUCAUGGCCAGAUCUGUGUGUGCAAAGUCUGCUUUUGAACUGUGGGGCCACGGGCAAACACUCAGUGAACUCAGAACAUCCCUUCUGAACUUCCCCUCAGAAAUCAUGAGUCCAUUCAUGCACAAAGACUCCACAUACAGGAUAAACGUCUACACAUUCAACAAAACUUUGCUGUUUGCAGACAGAAUCAAAAGGAUCGAUGCCUUGGAGUAUCUUCCUUUUGAGGGGACAGUAAGCCUUAAGAAUCCCCAGCACAUCUUCUGCUUAUUAGAGGAUUACGGCACAGACCCCAACAAUAUCCCCGAGGAUCCCAAUUACAUCUACUUCGGCAGAUGGAUAGCAGACGGUCAGCGUGAUCUGAUUCGCUCCCACAGUGUGAAGAACAGACACUUCAUAGGAAACACCAGCAUGGACGCUGGCCUCUCAUUCAUCAUGGCCAACCAUGCCAGGGUCAAACAGGAUGACCUAGUUUUUGACCCAUUUGUAGGCACAGGGAGCCUGCUGGUUGCGUGUUCUCAUUUUGGAGCUUAUGUAUGUGGAACUGACAUUGAUUACAACACUAUUCACGGGAAAGGUCGGUCAAGCCGUAAAAACCAAAAGUGGCGAGGGCCCGACGAGAACAUCAGAGCCAACCUGCGGCAGUACGGGAUACAGAAGAUGUACGUGGACGUGAUGGUGUCUGAUGCCUCCAAGCCUGUGUGGAGGGAUGCUGCUCUGUUUGAUGCUAUCGUUACUGACCCUCCAUACGGUAUCCGGGAAGCCACGAGGAGAACAGGCUCCCACAAGGACAUUGCUAAACCCGCUGAAGGCGUUUUUGAAGAGUCUCACGUCCCAGUCUCACAGGCGUACCACCUGAGUGACAUCUUCACAGAUCUGUUAAACUUCUCCGCCCAUCACCUGGUCAUGGGAGGAAGGCUCGUCUACUGGCUGCCUGUCUACAGGCCAGAGUGAGUAAACAGACUUGGCAU